AUGGAAUGUCCACGAUGUAAAUAUGAAAUUUCAAUCGAAGAAUAUAUUUCGAUUUUAAAAACUCAUACAAAUAUUAAUUUACCAUUAACAUUUUCACCUCUUUUUGUUUUGAAAAAUCAUGAAAUAUUUCAUGCUAGAAUUUUAUCUUUGAUAAAUGAUAGAAAAAAAUUAAUUUUUUUCGAUAAAGAUCAUCAUGAAAAAAAUAAAAUGAAUCGACCAGUUCUUAUUCAAUCAUUAACUGUUAAUUAUAAUAGUGAAGAGCAUUUUGAUGAUAAUCAUCGACAUAAUAUUCAUUUAAUUGAAAUGAAAAUAAAUCAUGUUUAUAAAAAUCAACAAUUAUCAUUAUGGAUUGUAACACGACCUGAAUCAACCAAUAUGGUCGAUGGAACAAUCUAUAUGGUUGUUCGUGAUGAAUUUGAUUUUCAUAUUCGUCUUGUGAUUAGUAAUUGGUCUUAUAUUAUUCCAACAAAUGAAUUUAAAUCAAUAGAAGAAUUGUCUCAUAUUCUUGAUGAACUUUUAUCUGUUGAUAGUAUGAUUAAAUUAUAUGAUCCAUUUUUAACAACAUGUAAUAUCGAUGGUCAACCAACACUUCGUUGUGAUGCACCAAAUACUGAAUUAAUAUUAUUUGAACGACAAAAAAAAUAUUUUGUUAUUGAUAAACUUGAUGAAUUACGUGAUCGUGGUAAUCAAGCAUAUAUUCGUGGUGAUACUCAAAUCGCUAUUGAUUAUUAUACAUAUGCUAUAAAUCGAAUUAUGGCGAUGGCUGCAAUGGCUAUGACAAAUGAUAAUGAUUGUGAAAUGAAUUUGUUUCGAAAUGCUUUUCAACAUGAUCUAGCUCGAUUACAUUCAAAUCGUUCGACAUGUUAUUUACGAGAACAUCUUUAUCCAGGUGCAAAUUUUGAUUCACUUGUUGUUGUAACUGGCCGAUUUUUUAGUCAAACUUAUGAUGAAUUCUUUUUAAAAUGUCUUUAUCGUCUUGCAUGUGCUAAUAUUGGAUUACAAGAAUUCACAUUUGCACUUGAUGAACUUUUUAAUCUUUCUCAAAAUCCUUCAAUUAAUUUUAAUUUACGUUUAAAAUAUACAAAAGAUUUUAAUCAAAUUCAGUCAGCUUUACCACGUUUAAAAAAUGAAUAUCAACAUGGAGAAUAUGAUUUAAAACAAAUGUUUAAUAAUGAAUCUCUUCAUCAAACAACUUUUUUUGAUAUUCAUAUGUUUCAUUCUAAUUUUUAUAAUAGUUCAUGUAUAAAAAAACGAAAUCAAAAUUCAUAUGCAAAAUGUUGUAUUCCAUCUGGUACUUUACUUCUUGUUCAACAUGCUUUUACUUUUGUCAAAUCAGGUAUUGAUGAUGAACGACGAUUAUUAAAUGCAAUUGAAAAACAUUUAAUUAUGGCACCAACUGCUUGGGAAUUUGAUUUAAUUCGUGUUAUGCCAUAUAUUAAUGAAUGGUUUGAAAAUGAAACAGAUGCUGAUGAAAAUGAUUAUGACACUUAUCCAAAAGCAAUACCAUGGGGUUUACUUGUUAAAACUCAACAAAAAAAUCCUUUUCGAUCAAAAUCAUUAGUUGGUUGGUGGCCUCAAGCAUCUCUUUUCAAAAUAGCAAUUGAUUCAAAACAAAAAGCAAAUUGUCUUUGGUUUAUUUGUGGUAAAGCAAUUUUCAUAUUCAAUUUUAUGCCCAUACAUAAAAAUGAAGAACUUAUUAUUGCACAUAAUAAUAAAAUUAAUUCAUUUCUUAAAGAAAAUCAAAAACAAUUUACAUUUUUACUUGGUAACAAAAAUCAUAUUCGACUUGAUGAAAUACUUAAUCAACUUAAAAAGACACAAAUUUAUUUUGAUACAUGA